AUCCCAGGCGCCGCCGAGUCACUCUGCUUCUGCUUCUGCUGCUGCAGCCCUUUCCCUGCUGGGCUCCUCCGUAGCGGAGCAGAGAGAAGGAAGGCAGCCGCCACCAUGACGCUGAAGGCCGGCCAGAGCGGGAGCCAGAGCAGCCUCCGGACCGCCCUCUCGGACCUCUACCUGGAGCACCUGCUGCACAACAGGCCCAAGGCCGAGGCAGUUCCAUGCCCAUUGAAUGCAGUGACUGAGGAUAUUUACACCAAUGGCUCAGCCAUGCUGGGCAGCCCAGCUCACGCAAAUGACCGGGAGGUGCGGAAAAUGAGGUUCAUCCAGUUUGAGAAGGUCACGGAGGAGCCCAUGGGCAUCACGCUGAAGCUGAACGAAAAGAAGAGCUGCGUGGUGGGCAGGAUCCUCCACGGAGGAAUGAUUCACAGGCAAGGCUCCCUUCAUGUUGGGGAUGAGAUCCUAGAAAUCAAUGGGAAGAGUGUCACCAACCACUCAGUAGACCAGCUGCAGAAGAUACUGAAAGAAACCAAGGGAACAGUGUCCCUAAAGAUUCUUCCAAACCAACAGAAUCGCAUCCCUGCCCUUCAGAUGUUCAUGAGAGCCCAGUUUGAUUACGACCCACAAAAGGACAACCUGAUACCUUGCAAAGAAGCUGGACUGAAGUUUCAGACAGGAGAUGUCAUUGAAAUCAUCAACAAGGAUGACAGUAACUGGUGGCAAGGCCGGGUGGAAAGCUCCUCCAAUGAAUCUGCUGGACUCAUCCCUUCCCUGGAACUUCAAGAGUGGCGCGUUGCAAGCAUGACGCAGGGGAACCCCACUCAAGCCCAAAGCUGUAGUCCUUUUGGAAAAAAGAAGAAAUGCAAAGACAAGUACUUGGCAAAACAUAGCUCAAUUUUUGACCAGCUGGAUGUGGUGUCUUACGAAGAGGUAAUGAGGCUGCCAGCCUUCAAACGGAAAACCCUGGUGCUUAUAGGGGCCAGUGGUGUUGGCCGAAGCCACAUUAAGAAUGCCUUGCUCAGCAAAAACCCAGAGAAGUUUGGCUAUCCUAUUCCAUACACCACUCGACCUCAGAAGAAGAAUGAGGUGGAUGGGAAAGAUUACCACUUUGUUUCCACAGAGGAGAUGACUAAAGAUAUUGCUGCCAAUGAAUUCCUGGAGUUUGGGAGCUACCAGGGCAACAUGUUUGGCACCAAGUUUGAGACUGUGCACAAGAUUCAUGAACAGGACAAGAUUGCUAUUUUGGACAUUGAACCACAGACACUGAAGAUUAUCCACACAGCUGAGUUUUCUCCUUUCAUCGUGUUUAUUGCUCCCACCGACAAGGCCAAUGAGACAGAAACUUUGCAACAGCUUCAGAAGGAUUCAGAGGCCAUCAGGAGCAGAUAUGCCCACUACUUUGACCUCUCACUAGUGAACAAUGGCAUUGAUGAGAGCCUUGAGCAGCUCCAGGCGGCUUUUGAGCGUGCUUGCAGCUCUCCGCAGUGGGUUCCUGUUUCCUGGGUUUACUGAGCUGCCCUGGCAUUGGAAGGAGUCACUCCCAGAACCCUCUCAAUACAGCAUGUGGAGAACAAGAAGGGUCACCCACUUCCCUGCUCAGUGCUUUGUCCCAUAAACAGUCAAUCUGUCCCUACCAGGGCAAGAAUCUCAUACUUCUGGUUCAAGCACUUUUGAAAUAGCAACUGUGUGGUUGUGCUCUCAGACACCUGCCAAUUGCAGCACCAGGAAAGGCAAAAAAGGAGGAUGAACCAUUAAGAUCAUAAAUAUGUCUUAGUAAAUUUCAUAGAGUACACUCAUAGUGAAAGCCAUAAACUGAAUGUUCAGAGGAGCAAAGCUCCUUUUUUAAAAUUAUGUAUUUCUGCCUCAUUUUAGAUUUUUCAGUUUCCUUAUUUGAUCUCUGCUCCUCCUGUAAAAAGGGUGUGUGUGCGGGACUGAAGUGAUUUAACAUCCCCUUUCAAAGUAUGUACAGUCAUUUGAAUGUUUGGACUAAGCCAAAUUAAGUCCAACUGUGAAAACUCUUGGAGACCAGGGGAGGUGCUACACUUCUUACAGUUGAGGCAAAUGAUGAAGGGAAGAAACAAUUCAGUCAGGACAUAGCAUGACCCCUUUCAGCACCUGCAUGCUGUAUUCUGUAGAAAUGAUUAUGGCAUAGUCUCAUGACUUAGGAUAGCUCAUGUUAUAUGCAAGAAAACUGCAUCAUCAUUUCUCCCCCCAAAAUUAGGAGUGACUUUGUUCCACUGUUACACUUCCUUCCCUUCGCCCACAAGCACAACUCAAAGCGGGGACUCCUCAAACAGCUAUCCACCUCUAACACAAGAUUAUUUUGUAUACCUCGAAGUGACGGUGAAGGGAAGCAAGCUUGACAUGCAAUGAGCCACAUAUUUUUGAGGCUACCCACCCAUAAAAUCUGGUGGUGUGCAGCAGGGACCUUUGGUUGAGUCUAUUACAGGAAAAACAAGCAGCAAUAAAGUAUGUUAAAAUAC